ACAUGAUAAAAAACAAAGCGAGAUGCCAAAUUUUCAUAGAUUAAAAUUUAAACCUAAAACAACCUAGUAUUUGUCGGCCAUGAUUGGAUAUUGGAUUGGAAUGUAAAAAUAAUUUCAAUAUGGCGCCCGUUUGUUCAGAGUGUGUGUGUGUGAAAGUGCUGUGAAAUUAUGAUAAAUUCUAGUGUAUUUAGUGAUUAUAUUAGUGGAUAAGUGAAAUAAGUGUGCAUUAAUGCAUCGGUUUUAUUAUAAUGGCUUUGGAUUUACGCCUGCAUUCUCCUGCGGGCGCGGAACCUGUUGUUUAUACAUGGCCCCUCACUUCAGGUCAUGGCUCGGACAAACACGACGGAGCUUUGGAAAUAGUAGAAACUAUAAGAUGGGUUUGCGACGAUUUACCCGAGAUGAAGGCCGCUUUGGAGUACAACAUACUUUGCGAUUACGAUACUCAUUCAUACGAAAGUAUGCGAGCCCUUUGCGACCGUUUCAACCGAGCCAUCGAUUCUGUAGUUGCUUUGGAAAAAGGUACGUCCUUACCAGCACAACGGUUAAACAAGUAUCCUUCAAGAGGCUUACUGAAGCACAUAUUACAACAAACCUACAAUCAAGCCGUAGCGGAUCCCGAAAAAUUAAAUCAAUACGAACCCUUUUCUCCCGAGGUGUACGGUGAGACUUCUUACGAGUUAGUUUGUCAAAUGAUAGAUCAAAUAGAAAUAUCAGCUGACGAUGUAUUUGUGGACUUGGGCUCAGGUGUGGGACAGGUUGUACUACAAAUGGCAGCUGCAACACCGUGUCGCAUCUGCCUCGGUGUUGAAAAGGCAGAAGUUCCUAGUAAAUAUGCUGAGAACAUGGAUUUGCAUUUUAGGAUGUGGAUGAAAUGGUAUGGCAAAAAGUAUGGAGAGUAUAAAUUAAUAAAAGGCGACUUUUUGUUGGAUGAGCAUCGGGAAAAAAUAAAUGCUGCUACAAUUGUUUUUGUCAAUAACUUUGCAUUUGGACCACACGUUGAUCACCAGCUAAAAGAAAGAUUUGCAGAUUUAAAAGAUGGUGCGAAAAUAGUGUCAUCAAAAAGCUUUUGUCCAUUAAAUUUUCGAAUAACGGACAGGAAUCUGAGUGAUAUUGGAACCAUUAUGCACGUAAGCGAGAUGACGCCACUGAAAGGCUCCGUUUCUUGGACGGGGAAACCAGUAUCAUAUUAUUUGCAUAUAAUAGAUAGGACCAAAUUGGAGAGAUAUUUUCAAAGACUGAAAAAUCCGAAACUCAAGGUCAGCAAAAGGGGUUCACAUAACGGGUGUGAAGAUGGAGAAGGAAGCGGUAAACGAAACCUCAGUGCCCCUCCAACAAGACAGUCUACGCCUGAUCUACUCAACGGCAACAGCAAUCACAGCACGGGCUCACUGCCAGAGCGCAGACGGAAGGUAGCACGCCCUAGGACUGUCAGGGGUGACAAUGGGCGCACACGUCGUGCUGCGGCCGCCAAGAGACGCGUGGCACGGCGCUCUAGUGACGAGAGCGACGAGGAGUCUAGCGGCACAGACGACGCACCGCCUGGACCAGAACCUGCGCCCAGGGAGUGGGGCGCUCCUUGGGCCUCAUCAUCCGACUCCAACCGUAGCCGUCGAGCGACGAGUAAGCGCGUGGCGUCGGGCGGAGGCGCGCGGCGGCGAGCGGCCCGCGCCAAGCGACGCCGCACCACGCCCGCCGCCAUCGCCGGCCUGGACUUGCUGCACUCCACCACGCUCGAGUCCACCAUACACAACGGCUCCGUGACGGCCCCGCCGCCGGGCUGCGUGGGGCAGCGGCUGUCGGCGCUGGGCGUGCAGCUGCAGCCCGCCGAGCGCCUGCACUCCGAGCUCGACAUCCCGCGCUCGCCGCACACCCCCUACAGCCUCCAGCUACUGCUCGAUAUGUUCCGGGACCAGUACCUCGCUUUCAUUCAGCGCAUGAAUACGCCUGAAUACGCCAAUGAAAUACGAAACCAAAUAGAGAAAGAAAAGGAAAAAAAUCAUAAAUUGAAAUCGAGAGCAUCUCAAUUGGACAAACAAAUUAACGUCUUAAUAAGUGACAGUGUAGCACUUCUCAAAGCCCGCAUGAGCGAGCUUGGCAUCCACGCCAACAACACCGUUGACCUCUUAGCGAAAGCGAAAGAAAUCGUCGGAAGACACAAAGAACUGCAAAGUAAAGCGAGUAAAUUACAAGCCCAGGUGAAUAGUAUAGAAGCUGAACAGGCAGUGCUAGUAAAACAACGGACGUUUGAAAUUACUGAAAAGUAUCGGCAGCUCGGACACGUACCACAUGAUGCUGAAGUUACUCAAAGCAUAGCUCAAGAGUGUAUUUUAAAAGAAAUUUCGGCCACUUUAGCCCACAGGAAAAGAUUACACGCUCAAGUGGGUCAUUUACAAAAUGAAAUCACGCAGAUGGAAAGGGCUAGCGAACAGAAACCGACCACUUCCUCCGUUCCCGUCACUCCCGUCAAGAUGCACGCGGUUAACGCGAAACCGAGAAAGAGAGAACAGCGUUCGCGAUCACAAGAAUGGCCCGAGGUUCCGGAUAUUGGAAAAAUAGAAGAGCAGAACCCUGAACUCCUUGCUCAGAAGAUACUCGAGACGGGACGACAGAUCGAAGCCGGAAAGGUCACCAAACCUAACGUCAUAGUCAACGGAUACACGAGAGAAUCCGAACGACUCGACAGGUACCCAAAAUCGACCACUCCGAACCCUAGGCCCCAGACGCAACGCCCGUCUCUCGCUCAUAGGCAUUCGCCUGUAAAAUCCCAGAAACCACUUAACGUUAUCGGUAAAGUUCAAGAAUCACCGAAAGUGAUCAAUUUCGAAGACAGGCUGAAGAGUAUAAUAACUUCGGUGUUGAACGAAGACCAAGAACAGAGGAAAGCUUCUCGGCAGGUGACACCGAGCAGUCCGUACAGUAACGGGUACGUGACGGGCCGACCCACCGCCGCCUUCCCGCCGCGCCGCGACCUGCGCCGGGAGAGGUUCCCCUUCGAGCGCCACCACCACCCCCACCAGCCCCACCAGCCGGACUACACGCAGGUUUCCCCGGCUAAGCUGGCGUUGCGGCGACACCUGUCGCAGGAGCGGCUCGCGGCGCCGGCGCGCACCAUCGGCGACCUCGUCAACGGCGAGAUCGAGCGCACCCUCGAGAUCUCCAACCAGAGCAUCAUCAACGCGGCCGUCAACAUGAGCGCGCGCUAUCACGACGCCAACGGGACGCCGGCCCCGCAUCAACCGCUAGAAGGGCUAGCGGCUUGCUUACAAGCCCGUGUUUUGGCUUCUGAGUACUGGCGCGGGCGGAACGGCGUCAACGGAGGUUCUAAUACUCCGAACGGCAGCGUUUCGGGCGACCUGGAGGAUUCCCGUCCUCGGUCUCCGCCGCCCGAUCCUCAUUCGAACACGUCUACCCCUCUGGUCGAUGAAUCACCGGACGGUGGAAGGAUACCUGAAGUAGAAGGUUGCGAGGAAGUAGACGAAAGUAAAUGGCAAGAUCGCAUAGCUUUUCGUUUUGAUCAAAUAAUAUCGUUCGCGUCGACGGCGAUCGAGGACAAGCGGCGGCGCUCGGACGAGGCGUGCAACACGUCGCCCGACUCCGGCAUCGGGCACGGCGAGGCGGCGGCCGUGGCGGCGGCGGCGGCGGGCGGCGCGCGCGGCGACACGGCGCUGCAGCACUUCCCGCCGCACCACUUCAAGAAGCGGCUGUACCGGCGGUCGCGCUGGGGAGCCGCCGACUGGGAGCGCCCGCCGAUGUGACGCGCGUCCGUGUAGUGCCUCGCCCGCCGCGAGCGCCUCCCCGCGACGCUCCGAACGUGACGACGCGGAAUUCGACUGUUUCUCGUGUGUAAAUAAAACGUCCGUGCUCGAUCGCGAUGUUGAUUGUCGAUUUUGUUAUAUUUUUUCGAAUAUAUAAUGUAAUUAUGUAUA